AUUAUUAUACCAAAUAUAAAAACGGUCGGCUUUUCUUUUUCUUUUGGCGGAAAGAGCAGAGAGAGCUAACCUGUUGGAAGGCAGAUAUGGUGCAAAGGACCAAGGCAGUUGCACGCGAUCACGACGCCAGAACCAAGCCUGCACCAGCAGACCUGAAGAAGAAGAAGAAGAAGAAGACCACCACCGUGUCGAUCAACCCAUCGGAAAUGGAAGCCGUCGUGCGACAGAGAAAUCCGAUCAAGGAGAACCAGCCGGGGGAGCCGCCUCCGCCGCCGCCACUGGAAGUUGUUGCAGACGCUGCGACUCCUCGGAAGCAAUCGCCGGUGAGGAGUCCGGCGGCGAAAACGCCAAAUUACAUGAGGUCGACCACGAGCUCUGAUGCGAGGAAGGAGCAAUCGCGUGUGAGUUCCAAAAGCCCUAGCUCUGACUGCUUGGAUUCGCGUAGAAAAGGUUUGAAGAGCUCCAGGCUUAAAACCCUAGCCUCUGGCAAUAAGGCGACCGCGGCGAUGAAAACGACGAGGACUUUGACGAAGAACUCCAGCUUUAAACUCACCAGAGCUUCUGUGAUCCGAAAAUGCUCCCCUGUCGCUCUAUGUGAAAAUUUCGAUGCGCAGAAAGCUACAUGCUCCUCAACUCUGAAGGAUUGUAAGUUUCCGGCUUACCUGAGUCUUAAUCCCGGAGGCACAGAGUCUGUUGGAACCUCCGCCGUCAAGGUCUGUCCUUACACUUAUUGUUCUCUCAACGGUCAUCGUCAUGCUCCUGUGCCGCCAUUAAAGUGCUUCUUAUCGGCGAGGAGGCGGAUGGUGAAGGCGCAGAGGAGUAUAAAGCUCGGUUGCCUAUCGCCUAGGCGCGGAAAGCCUGUGGAAGUUACGGUGCAGGAUCAUGUAGAGAGUCCAAGGAUCAAUCCACAGAGCGAAGAUUUCUUCGUCGAGAUCUUCUGUAAAACCAUGGGAGAUGCAGCGGAGUUUGAGCAUACAGCAUCCAUUGAUGAGAGCAAUAAAAUUGCAGCAGAAGAACAGCCGGUGGAGAUGCUUUUGGAUGCGCAGCCAAUUGACGAGAGUCUCGACGAAAAUGGAGAUGCCGGAUUUACCGAUAUAUCCGACCAGAAUGAGGAUCAAAGCCUGGAGGAUGGAAAACUAGAAACAUAUGAUAAAGAUUAUAGCACCUCUGAUACAGAUGGAGAUACCAGCUACAGCUCGAUUCUGUAUAUCGAUCAUGGUGAUCAGGAAUGCUCACUUGAAGCAGAGAUGGAAACUAAUUUCGAGGACGAAGGCAGUUUUGAUGAACUAAUGGUGGAUAAAGUGUCCCCCGGUUUGAGCAACUACCUACUGAAUUCAGCAUAUGAUCAUGUCAUCGCAGAUCCUGCAAAUCACGACAAAGGCAAACCGGAUACAGCUGCAGAGGAAAUCUCAUUCGAUGAUCAAGAAUCCGUUCAAAGCUUAGAAAUGCAGAGUUAUGGAGAUGGUGCAGAUGAAGCAUCAGUUCAAGUUGCUUCAGAGGAGGAACACCCCCGAGUUCCGGUUCCGACAUCUGAUCCCAAAUGCGUAGACAGUGCAUCAGCAGAAUUCGAUGCUGAAGACGGUGCCUUCCCUCAAAACAGAGCCAAAUCCAAUAAACCCAUCGAAGAAAGCAAUGACCAGCGCGAUUUCAAUCCACGCCCGCCGAAUUUCCUGCCACUGGAUCCCGAUCCAGAGGCAGAGAAGAUCGACCUGAGGCACCAAGAACUCGAUGACAAGAAAAACACGGAGGAAUGGAUGGUGGAUUACGCGCUAAGACAAGUAGUCGCAAAGCUCGGUCCAGCACGCAAGAGGAAAGUCGCGCUGCUUGUUGAAGCAUUCGAAAGAGUCGCGCCCAUAACCAAAUGGGAAUUCCACAUGAGCCAUUCCCCGGCAUUCGGCCUCCCAAGCCCCGUCCAGGCUUGCAUGUAACAUUAGCUGCGCCGGUCAAUCGAUCAUCGCCCGCCUCGGCGUUGGAAGCUCUUCAAAGCUUCGAAUUCGCAGCUGCAUCAAUCGAUCGUCGCCCGCCCCGGCGUUGGAAGCUCUUCAAAGCUUCGAAUCAGGUGUGCUUUUGGUAUGUUUUAUGAAUCUGUGCCACAAAGUUGAGGUCAAUGACAAGUGAUGUUCUAUGCUAUUGUUAGUUAUGCGUGUCAAAUUGUUGUGUUACCGAUUGUUGUUUCUUGACCUCUAGUCGUAUGAAUUCAUGCUUGUUUUACA